GGGUGUGCCCCGCCCACCACAGCCCACUGAUAGCCUUCUGUGGCCCCGACGGGCAGUGUAUCUGCGAGGAGUGCAGCCAGGCCGAGCACAGGGGCCACGCCUUGGUCUCCCUGGACGCCGCCCGCAGGGACAAGGAGAGCCUGCCCUGGCCUGCGAUGUGUGUGAGGCUGAAGUCUUGGGAAAUCCUGGAGCCGGGGUCUGAGGCGCCCCGUCAUUUUCUAGGAACAGGAAUAACUGGAGGUGCUGGUUGCCCGAGUGGUCCCGCCUGUCAUGGGUAAGCGGGAGUGCCCGCUGGUGGGGUGACUCAGAGGUCCCCAUGAGGCACUUUGGAGUCCUUUUCUCCUUUAAUGGCAGUCUGCAGACAGUGGGGAGAAACCCCUCCCUAUAUACUCUGGGGGUCUCCUGGGUCCCUGGGUCAGCUGGGGCUGACCCCUUGAACAUGUUCUCGUGUCUGGCUGUUGCUAGUGUGUUCUGUUGUGUCUCCCACCAUCUUUUAAACAAGCACCUCAUGUCCUUCCCCCUGCCCAACCUGGAGCGGGUCAUUGGAUAAGCCUUUCUGAUAGACCAGGAUUCCACAAUCUCCCCCAAAUAGGCCAGAUCCCCUCCUUCUCCCCCGCUCCCCCUACUCCAGGCGUGGGAAGUCAGUGGACUCCCAUAGGCUCUGAGUCAGGACUCGGGAGCCUGAUCAGAAGUUCCCUGUUUUUGGCAGAGUGAGGCGGGUCCCCUGCCCACCUGGGCUUCUGUCCCUGGGGCCUGGGAUUACCACGGGCUUUUGUGGGAGGAAGGGGAGAUGCGUCAGGUGCUCCCCACCAGUCCAAGACCUGUUAGGGCAAGUGACUCAGAACUCAGUGCUGACACACGCUGCUGUGAAAGCAGCGAAAGCUGUCCUUCUGUUCCCGCUGUCUCACACCCUUGUGGAGGCAGAAAGUGACGGGGGCCUUUGAAGUUCACAAAGGCUCUGGUUUCCUGUCUUGUCAGGUUCUGGGCAGAGCGUUCUUAGGGAGGCGGAGUGGGGCUGGGCGGGGGGUGGGGGUCAAAGCAGGCAAACCCAGAGUUCUCAUGUGGGCACUCACCUCGGUGGGGAGGGGUUGCCCUGCCUGCGUCCAGGAGAGAAGAUUCCGUGAUGGAAAGCAGCCAAGGAGGCACCAGUAAAAUGACCAAGUCAAUGACGCCACUGCCACCGAUGGAGCACCCGCAAGUGCCAGCUGCUCUGCAGACUUCCCGCUGCCUCCUGUCCUCACAGGAACCCUGUGAAUUGAACACUAGCUCUCCCCACCUCACAGUGAAGAAAUGCAAGUGUGGAAGCAUUAAGUCAACUUUGUCCCAAAGUCUUGGCUGCUAAGCGUGUUUACCUGCUGUGGGCAUGGUUGCAAUGACAGGAGGAGAUUCAGCUGGUAAUGCUGGCGCACAGUGGACCCUCUCUGCCUCCACGGAGGGCGCCCAGCCUGCUCCCGAGAGCGGCUUCCAAGGCUGAGCUUCGGAGAACCCAGUUAGACCUGGAGCAGAAACUCAAGUUGAAUGAAAAUGCCAUCUCCAGGCUCCAGGCAAACCAUAAAUCUGUCCUGGUGUCAGUGUCGGAGGUGAAGGCCAGGGUGGAAGAGCAGUUUGGGGAGCUCCGUGCUGCCGUGACGAAGGCCCAGGCUGACGUGAUGCUCUUCCUGGAGGAGAAGGAGCAAGCUGCCCUGGGCCAGGCCAAUGGCAUCAAGACCCACCUGGAGUACAGGAGUGCAGAGAUGGAGAAGGCCAGGCAGGAGCUGGACAGGAUCGCUGCCAUUGGCAGUCCCGUGCUGUUCCUGGAGGAGUACUGCAAGUUCAAGAACAUGGAGGACGGCGCCUUCCCCAGCGUCUACAUAGGGCUCAAGGACAAGCUAUCAGGCAUCCACAAGGUCAUCACGGACUCCACUGCCCACCUGAUCCAGCUGCUGCAGAGCUACAAAGAGAAGCUCCGGGAGUUCUCCAAGGAUGAGGAGUACGACAUCAGAACUCAGGUGUGUGCUGUCAUUGAGCACAGACAUCGGACCUCCGAACCCGAGCCCUGCAGCAGGCAGCAGUUCCUCCAGUAUGCCUGUGACAUUGUCUUCGACCCCGACACGGCACACAGAUACCUCCGGCUGCAGGAGGACAACCGCAAGGUCACCAACACGGCGCCCUGGGAGCACCCAUACCCCGACCUGCCCAGCAGGUUCUCACACUGGCGGCAGGUGCUGGCCCAGCAGAGCCUGUACCUGCACAGGUACUACUUCGAGGUGGAGCUCUCGGGAGCAGGCGUCUAUGUGGGCCUGACGUGCCAGGGCAUUGACCGCAAGGGCGAAGAGCGCAACAGCUGUAUCUCCGGGAACGACUUCUCCUGGAGCCUCCACUGGGACGGGAAGGGGUUCAGGGCAUGGCACAGCGAUGCGGAGACCCUGCUCAGUGCCAACGCUUGCCAGAGGCUGGGGGUCUAUGUGGACUUCCCCGGCGGGGGCCUCUCCUUCUACAGCGUCGAGCCUGAGACCCUGACACUGCUGCACAGGUUCCAGUGUAAGUUUUCGGAGCCCGUCUACCCAGCCUUCUGGCUUUCCAAGAAGGACAGUGCCAUCCGGAUUGCGGAUCUGGGAGAGGAACCCGAGAAGCCAGGGCCGGCCCCGGUGGAGGCUGCUGCCUAGACACCGAUCCAGGUCUCAGACCUGUGCUGACACACAGGUGGCAGUUUUCACUGGAAGACUGACUGGGGGUCUGUGCCAGCGCCUGCUGGCUUUAGAAAUCGUGUGAGGAUGAGGGGAAGGGUCUCUGGUUGCCGCCCUGGGCUCCUCACUGUGCUGGUCCCCUUGUUUGCAGUAAUCCUCAAACCCUAAGUCCCCCUCACCAUAUUCUUAUGAUCCCGCCCUGUCUGCUUGGGUGGACCGCAUGCUGUACCCAGAGGUGGUCAUCAGGCAACCUCAGAGCGACCAGAAAGACUGCAGAGGAAUCAGAACCAAUCACUAAUCUUAUCUUACUCCCGCGUCCCCUGUUCUGAGCGCCUCCUGAGCCUCAGCCCUCAUGACCCUCUUGGCAGCCCCAUGGGGAGGUGCUCAACCACCCCCACUUGGUGGACGGGCAGGCUGCGGUCCAGGGGGUUAGUGAACUCACUCAGGGUCACUGUGGUCAUGUGGCGAGUGAGUGGCCGAGCUGGGAUUCAAACCUGACAUCGAACUUCUAACCACUACCCCACACUGCCCUCCUCCUUAGAUCACAGGUGUUGCGUGUAAGGGAAUAAACUACAAGCUGAACUGCAUUUGUGAGCAGGGAGAGUCUGACAGCCUCAGUGGCUUUUCAUGCCCACGUCUGAUGGGCCUUGCAGCUGUGCUGUGACGGAGAGCUCACUACCUCACAGGCAGCUCUCCUGGCUUGGGCACAGCGAGAACUGCAGGACUGUCUUCAUAGGGUCCACGUCCUAGUCCCUAUGACCUCAGCGGAUGGCCCUAGCACCUCUCUUCUGGAGCCACCUGGACGGUGGGGACGUGUCUAAUUCCUUAUCCAAAGGGCAGUUGUCUACACACUUAGGAGUAGCUCUCACGGGUCCCCCGGGAAUAUGUGUGUUUUCACAUCCUGUUUCCCAGUUUCCUUGUGGUUUCCAGAUCUUUUACCCCUCUGAUCACUUUCUCUUCCUUUCAACAGAUUGUUCCCUAAAAUUAAAAGUGUCCUUAGUCCUUA